AUGUGCAUUGAUUACCGGCAGUUGAACAAAGUGACGAUAAAGAACAAGUAUCCACUGCCGAGGAUUGACAAUUUGUUCGACCAGCUUCAGGGUGCAAAGGUGUUUUCAAAGAUAGACUUGAGAUCUGGCUACCAUCAGUUGAGGAUUAGGGCAUCCGAUGUCCCUAAGACAGCAUUCCGCACUCGGUACGGGCACUAUGAGUUCCUGGUCAUGUCAUUUGGGUUGACCAAUGCCCCAGCAGCAUUUAUGGAGUUGAUGAACCGAGUGUUCAGGCCUUAUUUGGACUUGUUCGUGAUAGUCUUUAUUGAUGAUAUUUUGGUGUACUCCCGCAGCCAGGAGGAGCACGAGCAGCACCUCAGAGUGGUUCUUCAGACUCUGAAGGAUAGCCAGUUAUAUGCUAAGUUCUCGAAGUGUGAGUUCUGGUUGAGUUCGGUUGCAUUCCUAGGUCACGUCGCAGUUAUCGCAAUUGCGAUCAGGGGUUCGCAAUUGCGAACCGUAGGAAUUUCUGCUCCUUUUGCAUUUGCGUCAAUUAGGUCGCACUUGCGACUACUGAGACCUUCGCAUUUGCGAAGAAAGGCUCGCAAAUGCGAACAAGGCUGGCCAGGGCAUUCAUUGCAAUUGCGAUCAGCCCCUCGUAAUUACCAAGCCUGA